CUGGUGCAUUUCUUUAUCUUACCGCUAGGGGUCAGUACCUCUUUUAAGGGUUUCUUCUUCUAUUAUAUAUUGAGUGUGCUCCUCAUGAUGUGUUGUUAAAAAGUUUGUUACAUGCAGUGUGAGAAAAGGUUCAGAGGCUUUGACAUGCUAUUCUCAUCUCAGACACCUUAUAUCUUCAGGAAGCUUUGAUAUGCCAUAAUCUUUUUACAAUCAAGAAAAAGAGAGGUCUACAGUAAAGACACAAAAGAAGGAAAAAACUGUGUCUGGUCAUUAUUGGAACCACCUUCUCUUAUUAAUGUUUAGCUCGCUGCAUAGGCUGAGUAGCCACACUCAACCGAGGGCAGAAGAGUAAAAAGAUUAGCUACUUAUCAAGCCUCCAAGAUGUCUCAGUCUGAAACUACACCACCUAUGUCCCAGAUGGUGGCCCGGUCGGAGUGCUACUCACGUUCUUCACGCCGCUCGUCCACCAGCCAAGCUGCAGCACGAGCACGAGCAGACGCAGAAGCUGCCCGCACCAGAGCACAGUACGCCAAACGCCAGAUCGACAUGGAGGUUGAGAAGGCACGCAUCGAGGCAACACUAAACGCUCUGAAGAAGGAGGGUGAGGCUGAAGCAGCGCUUGCUGCAGCUCAUGUCCUGGAAGCGGCAGCUGAUGAGGAGCACCACGCCAUCGACCUCACUGAGCAAGGCAUCUCCCCUAAGACGCCUCCUUCCAUUAGACGUGCUCAAGACUAUGUGAAUGAUCACUUCACCAACUCCAGUUUGCAUGUGAAAGAAGAAGAAAAGCCUGACACAGGACAACUGGUCAGUUAUAACAAAUCUCACCAUCUACAACAGAGCCAUACACCAGUCCCUUCCUCUCCAGGUGAACAUUUCACUGAUUUUGCAGACAGGGAGCAGCUGAGGUCCCCUCCUACACACAUAAAAAUGGAUAUUUCACCCAAGCCUAGACCUUCAGUGACUCCUCAGGCUGAACUGUCGGAUCUAACAGCCUACCUAGCACGCCGUGAUCUGCUGACAGCGGGAUUCAAGGUUUUCGACAACCGUCCUGAGUCCUACUUGUCCUGGAAGUCCAUCUUGUGCAACGCCAUAGAAGGCCUCAACCUCAAGCCCAGUGAAGAGCUUGACCUUCUAACCAAGUGGCUCAGCGGGGAGUCCCUUCAACAUGCUCUGAGGAUCAGGGCAGUCCAUGUGAACAACCCACAAGCAGGCCUCCAACGUUUGUGGCAGCGUCUAGACAAGAGUUAUGGCUCUCCAGAGGUAGUCGAAGCGUCACUCUUCCAACGCUUACAGACUUUUCCAAAGAUAUCCAAUAAAGACACUCACCUGCUGCAGGAGCUUGCAGACCUUCUGCUAGAGUUAAUGUAUGCCCAAAGUGAAGGUUAUCUGCCAGGCCUUAGCUUUCUUGACACCCCAAGGGGCAUAAAUCCAAUAGUUGAAAAGCUCCCUUACGGGCUCCAGGAGUCAUGGGUGAAACAAGGGACAAAAUACAAAAGAGACAAUGAUGCAGUUUACCCACCUUUCUCCUAUUUUGUUCAGUUUGUAAAUGACUAUGCUGAAAUGAAAACAGACCCUAGCUUUAUGUUACAAAGUUCAAACAUAGUAGCUCCAAGAGUUGAAAAGACACUGGUAAAACCAACCAGGUACAGAGUUCCGGUUGCAGUGAACAAAACAAACAUUAGUCGAACAAGCGGCACAACUCAAACAUCCAUUCUUAAUCCGGACAAGCUAUGUCCCAUUCACCACAAGCCCCAUUCACUCGCUAAAUGCAGGGGAUUUAGGUCAAAAACACUGGAUGAAAGAAAAGGUAUUCUGAAAGAACACUCUAUUUGUUAUAAGUGUUGUUCCUCCACAAGUCACAGAGCUAAAGACUGUAAAGCCAUUAUUCAAUGCUCAGAAUGUAAGAGUGACGUGCACGUGUCCGCAAUGCAUGCUGGUCCCCCUCCGUGGACACCUAAAGACUCCAACCCUCUGCCUCAGAGCCACGGCGGGGAGUUCGACUUCUCAAACCCUGUAACUACAACCAGUUGCACAGAAGUGUGUGGCCCAGGCCUCAAAGGUAAAUCCUGCUCUAAGAUUUGCUUAGUCAACGUGUAUCCCCGCACAUCCCCUGAAGAGAAAAGGAGGAUGUAUGCCAUGUUAGAUGACCAGAGCAAUUCAUCCUUAGCCAGGUCCGCCUUCUUUGACAUGUUUAAUGUAAAGAGUACCGUACUCCCAUACACCAUGAAAACAUGCGCUGGCUUAUCAGAGACUGGAGGGCGCAGAGCCAGUGACUUUGUUAUUGAGGAUGUAAAUGGAAAAGUGUCCAUGCUGCUGCCCAUACUAACAGAGUGUGAUCAGAUUCCAGAUAACAGGGAUGAGAUUCCCACUGCUGAGGCUGUGUCGGCUCACCCUCAUCUACAGGCAAUCGCUUCGCAGAUUCCUCCUCUGGAUCCAUCAGCAGAAAUCCUUCUCCUCUUGGGCAGGGACAUUAUCCGAGCUCACAAGGUCCGCAGUCAGGUGAAUGGUCCAAACAGUGCGCCUUAUGCUCAACGCCUUGAUCUGGGAUGGGUAGUUGUAGGUGAUGUCUGCCUCUCAGGUGCCCAUAAACCCACAGUGAACUCUUUUAAGACAAACAUUCUUAACAACGGCCGCCCUACUUACCUCAGCCCCUGUGAAAACAAGUUCUAUAUCAAGGACAAAUACACAGAAAGCCGCCAUACACUUGAUAAGACACAAGUUGAAUUAGGCAGGCACAUUUUCCAGCAAACUACAGAUGACGACAAAGUGGCACUUUCAGCAGAAGAUGCUUUGUUCUUGGAAAUUAUGCACAAAGGCUUUGCAAAAGAUGAUGCGAAUAAUUGGGUAGCUCCACUCCCAUUCCGGACGCCCAGACAGCGUUUGCCCAACAACAGGCACCAGGCCCUCAGUCGUUUAAUGUCACUCCGCAAAACGCUGAAAAGGAAACCUAAAAUGAGAGAGCAUUAUGUUGAGUUUUUGGACAAAAUCUUCAGUAAAGGUCACGCCGAACCAGCUCCUGCUCUUACUCCAGACCAAGAAUGCUGGUAUCUCCCUAGUUUUGGAGUUUACCACCCUCAAAAGCCAGAGAAAAUUAGGGUAGUCUUUGAUUCGAGUGCUCAAUGCUGCAACGUUUCUCUCAAUGACGUGCUACUUAAAGGGCCAGAUCUUAAUAACACUCUUGUGGGAGUUCUGAUGCGUUUCAGGUCUGACCCAUACGCAGUCAUGGCAGACGUUGAGCAAAUGUUUCACAACUUUCUUGUCAGGGAGGACCACCGUAACUACCUUCGCUUCUUGUGGUUCAAAAAUCAUGAUCUGGAUGGAGAAGUGCAGGAAUUCAGGAUGAGAGUACACGUAUUUGGGAACUGUCCCUCCCCAUCAGUGGCGAUCUAUGGACUGAAACGGUCAGCGAUGGAGGGAGAAAGGGAAUACGGCAGUGAUACAAGAGAGUUCAUUGAACGUCACUUUUAUGUAGAUGACGGACUAAAAUCAUUCUCUUCCACAGACGAGGCCAUUGACGUUCUCUCUAGAGCUCAGAAGAUGCUGGCUAAGUGUAACAUACGGCUGCACAAAAUCUCAUCUAACUGUCCUAUAAUCACAGGUGCUUUUCCAAGUGAGGACCUUGCAAUGGACAUGCAGGGCCUUGCUCUAGGGCAGACUACCCCACCCAUGCAGCACAGCUUAGGCUUGGGCUGGGACCUGUCCACAGACCUGUUCAAGUUUCAGGUAACAGUCAAUGAAAAGCCCUUUACCAAACGGGGGGUGCUGUCAGUCAUUAAUAGUGUCUACGACCCGCUUGGCUUUGCGGUCCCAGUCAUUGUGGAAGGCAGGGUCAUACUGAGAGACAUUUCCACUGACAUUUGUGAAUGGGACACUGAACUGCCUAAAGACAAAUUACAUCAGUGGCAACAUUGGAAAGACUCCCUCAAAUAUCUGCAACAACUUGGAAUCCCCAGAAUGUACACCUCAAUACCACUAUCUGCAGCUCUAAACAAGGAGAUCCAUGUUUUUUGUGAUGCCUCCACUAAGGCAGUGGGUGCUGUUGCUUACCUCAAACUCACAGAUAGAGAUGGACACAGUGAAGUGGGUUUCCUUCUCGGCAAAGCACGGCUUUCCCCAAAACCAGACAUCACUAUACCCAGACUUGAACUUUGUGCAGCAGUCCUGGCUGUUGAGGUGGCCGAGUUAGUACUGGAGGAGCUAGACAUUGCAGUCGAACAGGUGAACUUCUACUCUGACUCCAAAGUAGUGCUCGGUUACAUCUUUAACAAAAAGAGACGCUUUCAUGUUUAUGUGCACAACAGAGUGGAACGUAUUAGGCGCUUUACACAAGCUCACCAGUGGCAUUACGUGCCCACUCAUUUAAAUCCCGCCGAUCAUGCCACACGAGCACUACCUGCUGAGCAGCUCUCAAGCUCCACAUGGAUCAGUGGACCCGCUUUCCUUUCUAAUUCAGGAAAAAGUCACACACAAGCAGAGUUGUUUGAUCUUGUAGACCCAGAGACUGACAAUGAACUGCGACCUGAGGUCACUACUUGUGCCACCACUCUCUCAAAGGAUAGACUCAGUAGUGUCAGAUUUGAAAAGUUUUCGAGUUGGAACGCACUACUUAAAGCUAUAGCCAAACUCCAACACAUUGCCCAGUCAUUUAAGCCGAACACAGAGAGCCCCUGUCACGGCUGGCACAACUGUAAAGAACAGUUAACUGAAAAACAACUCAACCAAGCGAAGAACACUAUCAUUCGCAUUGUUCAAAGAGAAGUUUACGCAGAGGAUAUGAGACAAGUUGAAAAAGGUGUGCCCCUUAAGAACUCAAGCCCACUUAGCAAACUGAGCCCUAUCAUCGACACUAAUGGAAUCCUCAGAGUGGGUGGGAGACUAAAACGUGCACAGUUGACAUCAGAUGAAACCAAUCCCAUACUCAUCCCUGGAAAGCACCACCUUGCCCAGCUCAUUAUAAAACACUUCCACGGGAAAGUAUGCCACCAGGGCAGACAUUUUACUGAAGGGGCAGUUAGGACUGCAGGUUUUUGGAUUGUGGGAGGUAAAAGAGCAAUAAGCAGAGUGAUAUUCAACUGCGUCACAUGCCGCAAACUAAGGGGCAGACAACAGGAGCAGAUCAUGGCUGAUCUACCAGAGGACAGGCUGUCCACGGACCCUCCUUUCACACAUGUAGGCCUUGAUGUGUUCGGCCCCUGGCCUGUCGUAAUCAGAAAAACACGCGGUGGGCAAUCGGAUGCUAAGCGAUGGGCAGUCAUAUUUACAUGUAUGAGCACACGUGCCAUUCACAUUGAGACUAUAGAAUCAAUGGACACAUCAUCAUUCAUAAAUGCCCUACGUCGUUUCUUCGCCAUCAGGGGUGCAGUCAAACUUCUUAGAUCCGAUUGUGGGACAAAUUUUGUGAGCGCCUGCAAAGAGCUGCAAAUAGAUAAACAGGGCUGUCACAAUAGCAAACUUCACAGCUUUCUCAAAGACUCUGAGUGCAAAUGGCAUUUUAACCCCCCACAUGCAUCUCAUAUGGGUGGCUCCUGGGAGCGCAUGAUUGGGGUCACACGCAAAAUCCUUGAUGCAAUGCUCCUAGAACAGAAAAAUGCAAAACUUACUCAUGAGAUAUUGGUGACAUUAAUGGCUGAAGUCACUGCAAUAGUGAAUGCUCGUCCGCUCACAGCCGUUUCUACAGAUCCAGAAAACCCAGCCAUUCUUACCCCUGCCAUGCUACUCACACAAAAAGUUGGGAACCCACCAGUCCCACCAGGUCAGUUUGAAAGCAGGGAUCUUUUCAGAGCCCAAUGGAGGCGCGUGCAAUACCUCGCAAAUGUUUUCUGGAGCAGAUGGCAAAAGGAAUACCUCUCAGGACUUCAGAACCGCCGCAAAUGGAAAACAGUAAAACCGAAUCUACAAACAGGAGAUGUUGUUCUGCUAAAGGAGGCUCUUGAACAUAGGAACAACUGGCCACUUGGACGCAUCACCAAAAUCUUCCCAAGCGAGGAUGGACUUGUCAGGAAAAUAGAAGUGAAGAUUUUCCGCAAGGGUGAACUCAGAUGCUACAUAAGACCUAUAAGUGAGGUUGUGUUAUUGGUGUCUAAGGACAGUACUUAAAAUCAGGUACUUUGUUUCAUUGUAUUUUACCUGUAUCCACAUGCUAGUUAUGGAUGACAUUUUAUAGAUGUCAGGCGGGGAGUAUUCUGUCCCUCUAUGUUCAAUAGUAUUGUAUUAGUUUGCUGGUGCAUUUCUUUAUCUUACCGCUAGGGGUCAGUACCUCUUUUAAGGGUUUCUUCUUCUAUUAUAUAUUGAGUGUGCUCCUCAUGAUGUGUUGUUAAAAAGUUUGUUACAUGCAGUGUGAGAAAAGGUUCAGAGGCUUUGACAUGCUAUUCUCAUCUCAGACACCUUAUAUCUUCAGGAAGCUUUGAUAUGCCAUAAUCUUUUUACAAUCAAGAAAAAGAGAGGUCUACAGUAAAGACACAAAAGAAGGAAAAAACUGUGUCUGGUCAUUAUUGGAACCACCUUCUCUUAUUAAUGUUUAGCUCGCUGCAUAGGCUGAGUAGCCACACUCAACCGAGGGCAGAAGAACAACUUAAAAUGCAAUCACAUAUCUUCAUCUAAACAUCUGUCUAUCCAGUAAUAAGAUGUAUUUUUGGUCGUAAGCACGCACCCAUCUCGUUUAGAUAGGGAUUUCCGGUUCAGUUUAAAUCAUACAGAGAAAUACAAUCACGAGCUGUUGAAACAGAGAAAUUGGCC